AAAACCAUUGAUCAGAUCUUCCGAGCUAUGGAAUAGACUGCAUAAAAGGAAAUGUCUCUGCUUAUAACUUUUCAUGAAUCUCAUGAUAUCUUCUAUGAAAGAAAAAACGCACCAUCCUUGUGAAUAAUCAUCUAUCAAGGGAAAAUAUACAAAAAAUGUACAAAACAGUAGCAUCAACUCCUAUCAGGAGAGAAACUGUUGCCAAACUGAAGGUUGCAAUCAAUGGAUUUGGACGCAUUGGCAGGAACUUCCUUUGGUGCUGGCAUGGCCUGAAAGAUUCACCCCUUGAUGUGGUUGUUGUCAAUGACAGUGGUGGUGUCAAGAAUGCUUCACCUUUGUUGAAAUUCGAUUCAAUGCUUGGAACUUUCAAAGCAGAAGUCAAAUUUGUGGAUUAUACCACCAUUAGUGUUGAUGGCAAGCCAAUCAAGGUUGUCUCUAACAGGGACCCUCUCAAGUUUCCAUUGGCUGAUCUUGGCAUUGACAUUGUCAUUGAGGGAAGAGGAGUUUUUGUGGAUGGCCCUGGAGCUAGGAAGCAUAUUCAAACUGGUGCGAAGAAAGUUAUCAUCACUGCUCCAGAAAAAGGUGCAGACAUCCAACUUAUGCUAUUGGAGUCAACGAAGGCGAUUACUCUCACGAGGUCUCAAACAUCAUAAGGUGGAUCAAUUUCGGUCAUUGCGGUAAUCCUCUUGCACCACAAAUUGUUUGGCUUCUUCUGUAAAAGUUAUGGAUAAAGAAUUGGGAAUUGUCAAGGGAACAAUGACAACCACCCAUUCAUACACUGGAGACCAGAGGCUCUUGGAUGCUUCACACCGUGACUUGAGGAGAGCUAGGGCUACAGCACUAAACAUAAUCCCAAUGAGUACCAAUGCAGCGAAGGCCGUCUCUCUUGUGCUACCCCAGCUCAUGGGCAAGCUCAAUGGUAUUGCACUCUGUGUACCAACACCAAAUGUUUCAGUUGUUGACCUCGUUGUGAAUGUUAAGAAAUAUAACACUCGGUUGAUUGAACGAGCAUAGUCCAACAAAGGGACAAAUUAAGUUUUCUAAGAGGCUGCAAGUAGCUGAGUUUUCUGGUCUCCGUUCCAGCCCCUUGCGUGAUAUAUGCUACAAACGCCAGAGGAACUUCUUUUUCUAAGGUGGUGGCUGCUCAGCUUACUCCUAAGGUUGAUUGCCUACUGCAACCUUUUAAUCUUUUCUGAAUUUUCUUUCUUGUUUUAUGCUUGUGCACAGAGAUUAGACCAGUAAUAGUAAUAUCUUUCUAAAAAUGUUCAGUGCUUUCUUGCAAUAUUCGGCACAAUUAAGCUGUUUUGGAGUU